UGGCUGUCUGCCUCGUUCGCCGUACCCAGCACUCCAGUAGCGUGCCGGACUUCCACGGAGACUCCGGCGUAUGACGUCAUCCGCCCCGGUCCAGGAGUUCGCGCCGUCUCGCCGACUCCAGCUAAGUCGAGAUGCACGUGUGCUGGUGGCGGCUGAUCGUGGCGAUGGUGGCGCUGCCACUGGUGGCGGGCGUGGUCAUCAUCCUCAUGUGCUUCGUCUGCUGCCCGCUGCUGUGGAAGGAGAUACCCAAUACGGAGCAGAGCGACUACUACCGCACGCCGCUCUACGUGGUGGGAGUGUUGGCGCUGUGGGUGCUCUUCGCCAUCGGCAUCUUCUUCCUCUGGUGGCGCCGCAAGCCCAAAGUGAUCGUCGACGAUUCCACUGAAGUGAUCGUCGAUGAGCCCAUCAAAGUGAUCUUCGACGAGCCCGCCAAAGUGAUCGUCGACGAGCCCAUCAAAGUGAUCUUCGACGAGCCCACCAAAGUGAUCGUCGACGAGCGCACCAAAGUGAUCGUCGACGACCCCACCAAAGUGAUCGUCGACGAGCCUAGCAAGCUGAUCGUCGACGAGACCACCGUGCUCCCUGCUGCCGAGGCGUGACGGUCCGUCUACUUGCCGGUACCUCCGAGACGCGACGUAUGGCUAUGACAUCAAUGAGGCCACUUUGUCACGUUUUGGUAGACCACUGGGAUGUACAUCUCUCCUGGAAAGCGACCUUCAUAUUGACGAUCCAGCAUUAUAUGGAACAAAUCUCCACAUCACUCUGCAAGUUUUCAGCUGACACACAGGUGUUUGUACCUGAGGCUCCAGUUGCGAUUCGUGCUAUGCGAAAAUUUUUUGUCGAUGCGGAGCUUCUCUUGCUACAAACAAUGCAAAGAGCGCGAAAACACUGCAUGGGAAGGUCGAUUUACUCAGUUGUAUGGCACCCCAUACUGUACCCUAAUAUGAAGAAAAUACACUCUAAAACAGGAAAAAGAGACAUGCCACGAAGAAAUUAUCCGAAUGGGACGGAAAUCGGUAGAAGUGAUGUACACAUGCAUACACAGAAAUGAUUGGAUGUACCGCAAAACUGGAUGAUAUUUUCACGAGAAAGUCCUUCACACACUGAACAAGUCAAGAUCUCGUUAGUCCAACUUUGGCCGAUAUGCGGGAAACUUUUCACGACAUCCCUAAGGAGGACAUCCAGUAACGUAAUCAAUCCAUCGCAAGCUGAAUAACUGAGUGCAUAAGGGUCAGAGAUUGAAUUCCUCAAUUUGUUGAGUGCUUUCUGUUGAAUAAAUCAUCCAAUGUUUCUAAAAUUGUACCUUUGUUUGUUUGCCUGUACACUUACAUCGUAAUUACCGUGUUCCGACUCAUUCGGAUUUUCUCUUGGAGUGUAAAUUCUAAAACCGACAUUUAUAAUUUUCUAUUGUGCCAUAAGAGGUUUUGUUUUAUAGUUUCGUGAAAUACAGAUUGACAAAUAACUGCACAAUACAGGUGAAUGUUUCUCAACCCAUUCCCAUAAUGGUCACAGAGAGAAAGAUGAUGGCCAUUGUGUUUUGAAGUCUGGUACGAGACUAUGAAUUUCUCUCACAGAUGUUCUGAUAGGCAGUCAGAAGUGGUUUUUACUCUCAGUAACACUUAAAUAAAACUAGUUUGUGCAUCAUUCUCAGUAAGUUACAAAUAACAUUUUCAAAAAUCACUGUACAUAUCCCACUACAGCGUUCAAUAAAAUAUUUAAAACAA